GUUUUUUUUUUUUAAUUUAACCUCAAAGAGCCUUAAUCUCUUAUGUUAUUUUAACUCGACCUAACUUAAACUUUUAUAUUUUCCUGCAUUAUAAAGACUUUGAUAAUGAGUUUGCUAUAUAUUGGUACUGCAAUGAUCUAAAUGCACACUAGUGUUUUAAAACAAGUUUUCAGGAGAAAUUUCAGGCCAAUGGCAUCCGUAGCUAUGUAUGAAGGACCAGAGUUUUCUAUGGAAGAUUGUAAAAACCAUCUGUCUCAAUUCUGUGGAGGGUCCUUUGAUUUGCAAAUUGACGAUUCUUGUGGGAUUGCCACUUUAGUGAUCAAUCAUUUGGCCAAGAAAAACGCCAUCACCGUUUGGUUUAGAUUUGAUCAAGAAUCAUCUUGAGCAAAUUAUCGAAGGUUUCAAACCCAAGUUUCCUUGUGCCUAGAGGUUAGGACAGGCCUAGACCUACAACUACGCUACACUGUUGCCGGGCUGAUUCAAAAAUAUUGUGACCAAACCCUGAGUACAACAUGGCUGGCAAGAUGAACUUGAAGAAACCAGAUGCUCAGGCCAUUAACAUUCAGUCAUAUAUUAGAGUGAGACCACUUUCUUCAAAGGAAAAGAAAGCCAAUGUCCUCGAGUUUGGCAAGAAAGAAGUGACCAUCAAAAGUGGUGCUGAAAGUUCUAAGUUGAACAAAACACUGUUGUACGAUCGUGUUUUUGAUGAGCAAUCAAAACAGAUUGUCAUUUACAAUGCGGUUGUAAAGCCGAUGAUCAAAGAAGUGCUUCAGGGCUACAACUGUACAGUGUUUGCCUACGGCCAGACUGGAACUGGGAAAACUUACACCAUGACGGGGGACCAGGACCCUGAUGCAUGUUGGGAAGAGAGCGUCCACGCAGGAAUUGUCCCGAGAGCCAUGCACGACUUGUUCCAUGAACUUUCCAUUCAAGCGUGUGAAUACCAAGUGUCGGUGUCGUACAUGGAAUUGUACAAUGAAAGGUUGCGAAGUCUCCUUAAGGAUAAUGAAGAAACAGACCUUAAACUGAUUGACGAUUUGGAAGGAGGAGUGAUUGUGAAAGGUCUUUUGCCAACACCUGUCAAAAGCAAAGAGGAGGUGUUUAAACUCCUUCAGCAUGGAGCGGAGAAGAGACAGGUGGCUGCGACUCAGAUGAACCUCAACUCAAGCCGAUCACACACAAUUUUUACGAUCAACGUGAAUAUCAAGGAGAGUGCAGUUGCUGGCAAAGAUGAUGUACUGCGAUGUGGCAAACUCCACCUCGUGGAUUUGGCUGGAAGUGAAAACGUGUCCAAGUCCGGAGCCAGCGAAAACAUACACAAAUCUGCAACGGGGGUUAACAAGAGACUUGCAGAGGCUUCAAACAUAAACAAGUCUCUGUUGACGUUAGGCCGAGUCAUAACAUGCUUGACGGAGAACAACCCACACAUCCCUUACAGAGAGUCAAAACUGACAAGGUUUUUACAAGACUCGCUUGGUGGCAAGACUAAGACCUGCAUCAUCGGAACAAUAUCUCCAGCGCAGGCCAACCUGGAUGAAACGGAGAGCACACUGAACUAUGCUUCCAAAGCGAGAUCCAUCAAGAACAAGCCAGUGAGAAACCAGACCAUCUCCAAGAAGGACUUUAUGCAGGUUGCGUCUGAAGAAAUAAUGAAGCUCAAAAAAGACCUGGAAGCUGUCAGGCAAGGAGAGGGGUUCUAUAUCUCUAAAGAGUCUCAUGAAGAAAUGAUAAGCCGAAUGAAAGAGCUGGACGACCAAGUGAAAGACUCACAUGAAAAAUAUUCACGAAUCAAAGAGUCGUACGAACAAUCAAAGGAAAUGUUCAGUUCCUUAAGCUCCGACUUUGACGACAAGUGUGCCGAAUAUGAAGAGCUUGAUAAUCUGUUCAGAAUCGAAAGCCAAAGAUGUCAAGAGAAGAUGAAAGAAUUCGCAAAGGAAGUCGUUGUCAGGGAAUAUUUUAUCAAAGAAUAUGAAAAGACCGAAGGCAGUCUGACAGAGCAAGCAAAAACUUGCAAGUCUGUGCUGGAAAACCUCUUAGACCAGAGCAAUCGAUUGCACGACAAAAUUGAUAGAAAGCAGUCUAACGAGUCAGACAACCUGCAGAUGUUGGGUCGCUACAAGGAAAAUGCUAGCAAGAAGGUUGCGGACUUCAAAAGCAAGCUUGAUUCGUUCCUUGACGAAGAAAAGCAGUUUGUGAAAGAAGUUAUCAAAAAUGCCAGUACUGUGAACAGAUUAUUUGAAGAAGAGAACCAUAAUGUUUUAUCAACCAUUAAAUCUUUUGAACACCAGAUGAAAGCCCUUGCACAGUCAAGGAAUGAAACACUUCACAAUAAGCAAACGGAGUUUACUGGUGAAGUCAAUUCUUGCAAGUCACGAGGGGAGGAAAUAAUACAACACUUUGUAAACCUUUACAAAGACGUGAUCAAGUCACAUAUUCUGCCCUCGAUGAAGAACAUUCAAGAUCAGCUGAAUCUUAUCACCAAAGUCACUGAGGAGGGAAGCAAUAAUCUCGCCAAGUUCGAAACCAGACAGAAGAAGCUGAUCUCUGAAAUCACAGAGAGCCAUGUGUCGUUGAUGAAGUUUUCCACUGAAAUUGUUGAUCAAGUUGAAGCUAUAAGACAUCAAAAUAAAGAAGUUAUUGCUAAACCAAUAAUAAUCAACACCCUUGUCGACCAGUUCAACGAAAAUAUCAAGCAAGUGAUGUCAAUCCUGACAGCCGCACAAGGCAGUUGUGCAUCUAUCAAGUCUGAAUCCGCCUCAGUGUUGGCGGGCGCAACAGCCACAGAGGAGGGAGCGGAAUCUUUGAAAGAAACAGCUAUGUCUAAUCUGCAGAUACUCGGAUCUAUCCAAUCAAACGUUGAGGAAGUGAAAACAGUUAGUGAACAACAAUCAGAACAGGAGAAGACUCUAUCGAGCGAGAUCAAAGAAAAUGUUGAUAGUUUAGUGAAUGAAGUAAACACACAUGUUGAACAUAUUGAGAAUGGAGUCAAGCAGAACAUAGAGCAAGUACAAGUUCUAUGUGGAAAACAACAGGAAAACCUCUCACGACUGGAAAACAGUGUUAGCAUAUUUACAGAACAAGUGUCUCAAACUGUUGUGGCGUCUGAAAGUAAAGUUGAGAAUUUCGUUGAACAAAUCACAGAUAAACUUAUUGAGAAUGAAACACGUUUUGAAAAAACGCUAAGGGAACAGAAUAACGUGGCUCAAACUAAACUGCAGAAUAUGAAUGAAAAACCUGAGCUUUCUCAAGUGGUUCAGGCGUUGGAGGAGAAUUUAAAAUCGAUCAGCUAUAAACAAUAUGUUCCUCAAGGAUCGACUCCUCAGAGGAUCAGCAAGGACCAACUCCAGUAUCCGAGGAAGUUUGUCGCCACUGCACCGAGGAUGGAGUUGGUGAGGAAACUGAGAGAGAAGUACCCAGAAGCUGAAUCUGUACCCAAUGAAAACCUGAACUUUAAGGAGUAUUUGCCUGCAGACCCGUUUUUCAAUGGAGACAUUCCAGUUACAACUGAAAAAUCCACUGGCAGUAUUGGAUCUACUGGAGACAGACGCACCGAUUCCUCCACCCACUCCACGCCGAGGGCUGGCUCAGGACUGGGCCGCAGGUCUACCUCCAUGCCAGACUUGAAUGUAACAGACGAUAAUAAAGAAAACAUGAGAACUAGGAGUGCAAGGAGACCAACCAAAUCCAAAAUACCGGACCUUGUCAUUCCAAAAAAGAAGAAUAUCCUGGGACCUGCACAAAAUUUUGCCUGAAAAAUCUGUACAAAACCUUAUAUAAUAAUAGUUAAUAGAUAUUAAGUUUGAAAAAAUAUUAUUAUUAAAAAAAAAAUGUAUCAAUGUAGUUUUAUCUCUUGCUUGUGAAAUGUGGUUAAUGUAGCAUAUUUGUAUAUUUAUUACUCUACACUUUUUUAAUGCUCUCUGAUGUUUUGUAAAUACUGUGAUUUUACUUUUUUAUCCUAAUAAACAUUCAUUAUUUUAUUUA